CUGCGGUCACACUAACCGGCUGUUAUUGUUGCGCAAACUAUGUUGUGUUCUCAAAAUUAAUUUCGUUUAAACUUAUAUUUAGUUCAAUAAAGGUGUUUCUUUGCAUGCCGUGCCCUCUGAUCUAAGCCCAAUGCCUGCUCCUCUGUGCUUCAGAUCGGCGAGAUGCCUUCUUUUGGGCCGCCUUGGAUCAGUUUUUCCGCUCAGACAGCUGGCAGACAAGGGUUCAGAUAUAGUGAUUCCUCCCGAACCCACGACAUGUUGUAUGUCGGGUUGCGCCAAUUGCGUUUGGAUCGAAUACGCCGAAACUCUGUCGAAAUUAUUGGGCGAUAAUGAUGAGCGUGCACGUGAAAUUGUUCUGUCUAAGAUCCAAGAUCCCAACUUGAAAAUGUUUCUAAUGGUGGAACUGCAGAACAUGAAACGGCUUCGGGAACAAAAAGCAGCUGCUGCCAAAGAACAACCCAAGGAAACACCUAAAUAGUUUGAACUUAAGCUCAAAAUUGUCAGUUUUCAUGGA